AUGGACCUGAGAACCACGAUCCAGUCGACUUUGUCAGCCGACGCAACCAUCCGGUCCCAAGCUGAGACGGCCCUGAAGCAAGCUGAACAGCAUCCUGGGUUCAUUGGAGCCCUUCUCGACAUCCUACAGUCGGAGCAAGACCCUCCAAUCCGUCUCUCGGUCGCCGUCUACCUCAAGAAUCGAAUAUCCCGGGGAUGGGCUACUGAACACACUCCUCACCAGCCAAUAUCCGAACCCGAACGAAAACCCUUCAGAGAACGCUUACUGCCUGUGUUGUCCUCCUCUCCUCCGCAGAUUCGAGCACAGCUUAUCCCUAUCCUGCAGACCAUCCUACAGUACGAUUUUCCGUCAAAAUGGCCCGAGCUGAUGGACAUUACUCUACAACUGAUGAACACACAAGAUGCCAAUCAGGUCUACGCGGGGCUGCAGUGUCUGUUGGCUGUUUGUCGCACAUAUCGUUUCCGCGCUGGGGAAGAAAGGCAAAACCUGGACAAGGUUGUCAACGUGGCCUUCCCCACGUUGUUGGGCAUUGGGAACAAGUUGGUCAACGAGACCAGUUUGGAAGCUGGUGAGAUGCUCAGGCUAUGCGUCAAAUGUUACAAACAUGCUGUCUAUUAUGGGCUACCAAUCCCGCUCCAAACACAUCAAGCGACCGUGGACUGGUGCACUCUUUUCUUAACCAUCAUCUCAAAGAAGCCUCCAGAGAGUGCUAUGCCCGAAGAUGCUGAAGACCGGGAACGCAGUUAUUGGUGGAAAGCACGUAAAUGGUGCUACGCAAACCUCAAUAGGCUCUUCGUGAGGUAUGGAAACCCAUCGGCGCUAUCUCCUGCCCAAGAGAAGGAAUAUGGUGCAUUCGCGAAAAACUUCAUAACAAAUUUCGCACCCGAAAUCCUCAAGGGCUACCUGAGUGAGAUCGAGAAAUGGGUCGGGGGCAAUCACUGGCUAAGCAAGCCUUCUUUGGCCUUCACCUUGAUCUUUCUAGAAGAAUGUGUGAAGCCCAAAGUGAUGUGGGACAAGCUCAAGCCGCACAUGGACAGUCUCAUCAAACACUUGGUCUUCCCGGUUAUGUGUCUUUCGGACGAAGACUUGGAGCUUUUCACCGACAAUCCGGUCGACUACUUGCACAGGAAGCUCAACUAUUACGAGGAAGUUUCGGCGCCAGACAUGACCGCAACCAAUUUCUUGAUCGCCUUGACAAAAUCGCGGAAACAACAGACUUAUGUCAUUCUCUCCUACGUCAACGAGGUUGUGUCCCGUUACGAGUCUGCCCCGGACGAUCAAAAGAAUCCCCGCGAAAAAGAUGGUGCCCUGAGGAUGAUAGGUUCGCUCGCAUCGGUCAUAUUGUCCAAGAAGAGUCCGAUUGCGGAUCAGGUCGAAUACUUCUUCGUGCGACAUGUGUUUCCCGAGUUCAGGUCUCCACAUGGCUUCCUUCGCGCCCGAGCCUGUGAGACUAUGGAGAAAUUUGAGCAGCUGGAUUUCAAGGACCCGAACAAUCUCAUGAUCAUCUAUCAGAACAUCAUGGAGUCGAUGGCUGAUCCAGAACUGCCAGUCAGGGUGGAAGCUUCAUUGGCUUUACAACCCCUCAUCAGGCACGAUGCCAUCCGCAUCACCAUGCAAUCGAACAUUCCGCAAAUUAUGCAUCAACUGCUGCAGUUGAUGAAUGAGGUUGAUGUUGAUUCGCUGUCAAACGUCAUGGAGGACUUUGUGGAAGUUUUCGCAGAACAGCUUACCCCCUUCGCCGUGGCGUUGAGCACCAAUCUCCGGGACACAUAUCUUCGAAUCAUUCGGGAGAUUCUGGAACGGAAUGAGGCCAGGGCGGCCGAAACCGGCGAUGAACACAACGACUAUCUAGACGACAAGUCCAUUGCGGCAUUAGGGGUACUGCAAACAAUCGGCACUCUGAUUCUGACUCUCGAGGCGACUCCUGAUGUACUCCUUCUUCUCGAAUCCAUACUGAUGCCGAUUAUUACCAUCACCCUGGAGAACAAGCUCUAUGACCUCUACAACGAGGUCUUUGAAAUCAUUGAUUCGUGUACUUAUGCGUCGAGAUCCAUAUCGCCAACCAUGUGGCAAGCCUUUGAGCUCAUGCACAAAACAUUCAAAGACGGCGCUGAGCUAUACCUAGAAGACAUGUUGCCUGCUCUAGACAAUUUCGUUACUUAUGGCCAGCAAAGGUUCAUCGAACACCCACCGUACCUGGCUGCUAUAGCCGGCAUGGUGCGAGACAUUUUCGCCGACCCCAAGGUCGGAGGGGUGGACCGCAUCUGUGGAUGCAAGCUGGCCGAGGCCAUGAUGCUGAACCUUCGAGGGGGGCCUCUCGACAGCUACAUACCGACCUUCCUGACCUUGCCUAUGGAGGUGUUGGCCAGCGCAGAAGCCAAGACCGUGAUCAGAAGUUACAAAUUACAUUUGGUGGAGAUGGUGAUCAACUGUCUCUAUUACAACCCCAUUCUGGCACUUCAGGUCCUCGAAUCACACGGUUGGACCAACAAAUUCUUUUCAAUCUGGUUCGGCAUGAUUGACAACUUCCGCCGUGUCCACGACAAGAAGCUCUGUCUCGCGACCAUUUGCUCUCUCCUCACCAUUCGGGCCGACCAAGUACCUCAGUCGGUUCAAACUGGCUGGCCACGUCUCCUCACCGGGGCAACUUAUCUCUUCCGAACUCUUCCCGCUGCGAUCAAACAACGAGAGGAAGCUGUCAAAGCCUCUGACGGUGUGUCUGACACGAUAUCAGACUAUGGGUCGGACGACGAUGCCGAAGAUUGGGCCGACGAACCCGGUCCCGAAGGGCAGGAAUGGGGUAAUGUUAGCGCCGCCUCCUUGCCGGACACCAAAGGCGACGUCAAAGACGAGUCGCAAGCCUAUCUGGACUUCCUCAGCGAAGAGGCUAAGAAAUUUGGCGCUCUGGCAGAUGACGACGACGAUAGCAUCCUCGAUGAUAGCACUCUGCUGGAGAGUCCGCUGGACAAGUUCGAUCCUUAUUCGGCCUUCAAAGAGUCAUUGGACAAGCUCCAGGCAGAACAACCCCAGCUAUAUCAAAAUCUGACGUCGAUCUUGGAGCAAUCAGAUCGUGAUGUCUUGCAGAGCGUUGUCAACUAUGCCGCUGCGACACACGCUGCCCAAGCGCAACAAGCGCAACAAGCCCAGGUGCAGGGAUAA